AUGUAAUUAUACAAUUGUGAUAACACAAUAUAAAAGUAAUUAUAUAAGGGUCACCAAAUAUUAACAUCCUUUAAAAUUAAUUAAACAUUUCUUGAAUUAGAAACCCCUUAAAUUGGAUAGAAUUCCAAAUCUAUUACAACCGAAUGACAUAUACAAUUUAAACAGGUUUCGU